CUGCUUGCUGGGCUGCCUAAGAAGGACCCCAAGCAGAGGCUUGGUGGGGGGCCCAGCAAUGCCCAGGAGGUCAUGGAGCACAGGUUAUUCCUCAGCAUCAACUGGCAGGACAUGGUCCAGAAGAAGCUCCUGCCACCCUUCAAACCUCAGGUCACGUCCGAGGUCGACAGACUGUAUUUUGAUGAUAAAUUCACCGCCCAGUCCAUCACAUCCCCCGACCGCUAUGACAGCGUGGGCUCACUGGAGCUGGAACAGCGGACACACUUCCCCCAAUUCUCCUACUAGGCCAGCAACCGGGAGGGAGCAGUCCGCCCACGCACAGAUGCACCCACGCUGCCAUCACCGCCGGGUGGCUUUUUUCCCCCUAACUUUAUACUUUGCCUUUUUGGUUAGUGUCCCCACCUCCCACCUUCUCACCUGUUUUCCAGUUCUUCAGGUGCUCCCGAGACGCUCCCCAACUGCCCCUGCAGCCGCUGCUUUCCCUGCUUCCAGCCUCACGUUUGUGCCUGUACUCGAAUUGGGGAGACUCCAUCUCCCACCCAGGCCUGGGCUGUUGGGCGCUGGAGAUAUUCAGUUUUACUCUACACAAGCCCCAGUGAGGGGUGAAGCAUGGCACCUGGGGCCUGCUUGGGUUUCUGGCCCGGGUGCCGCCCCAGUGGCGGCCUCCGCGCUGCUGUUUCCGGAGGAAGCCCGCCUUCCGGUGGGACGCCUCACCCGGCAGACAGUGGUGCUGCCUUCCAGGCCCGAGGCGUAGGCUCGAAACGGCCAGGUGCGGGGCGGUCCAACCCUACACCCGCUAUCCUCCCAUGGGGGCAGAAAAGCAAUAAUAUCCAGGGACAGGCAGGAGCCCUGGGGAGCUGCAGGGUGGGGGGUUAGGGCCGCUCCCUGGUGAAUAGAGCCAGGUCCUAGGUUCUGCUCCAUGGGGAACCAGGAAGGGCCGGCUGGGUGCUGCCUCCUGGCCUUGCUUCCUCCCCACCAAGCUGCCAUCGUCACCCUGUGGAUAAGGCAGGAGGAACAUUUGGGGGCAAACCUCCCUGCCCCCAGCCCCGUGCCUUACCAGGGCUUCCUUCCAGCUGGCCUUUCCUCCUGCUGGACCCUGGGCCUGGACUGGCCCGGGCUGGCCCCACCCCAUUGGGGGCUAGGUUUGCCCCCUUCUCUGUGGGGGCGGAGGGACAGCAGGCGGCUGUUCAGUCUUACACCAGACAGUAUUGGGCCCCAUGGACUUGGCCAGGGAGGGGUGAGGGUGGGCGUCUCUGGUACCUAUUGGGGUGGAGGGGCCUCUGAGAAGAGUGGCUCCUAGACCCUCUCUUCCCUCCUCCUCCCCAGGGCCCCACGUUCUUCAGCCUUAAGGUUGAACGUGAGUGCACGUCCAUGUCAGUGCUGUGGGACCCCUGUGCGUGCCUCAGACUGCGUGUGUCGACGUGACUCAGGCACACGUGGGUGUGUGUGUAUGUGUGUUGGUGUGUGUGAGGGCAGCGUGUCCUCCAGCGUGCAUGGUGUGUGGGCUUGGGACCCAUCUCUGGCCCAAGCAUGUCAUCCUGUGGGGGAAGGGUGCCGACCUAGUGGGAGGAGCCCCGCCACCGGGAUCCAGGCGCUGCCACGCCCACGCCUCCCCUCCCCUCGGCAACACCUCUGGGUAUUUGGAGUCGAGCUUUUGUGGGUUUGAUCUCCCUACCCGACCUCCAGUACUAUGCAGUUCCUGACAG